AUGUUUACCUUUCAAUCGCUCGGCGCAAGGUCUGUAAAGAUCACAGCACUUAUAGUCUUUGUCUGGCUUCUCAUAGCCGUCUUUUACAACUACAGCAACAUUUCAUUUUUCACUACGACGCCUUUGCGAAAUACAUAUAAAGGCACUUAUGAGAACGUCAAGCUAAAAAGUAUAGAGUCUAUUAGGCUUGGUGCGCAAUACUUUGUGGAUUAUCCGUUGAAGGACGAGCCGAAAGAGAUAUUCGGAGAACUUGGACAGAGGACACAACUAUUACGAACCUGGAUUGAAGAAUUGGAGAGUCAUGAACCAAACGAAAAGAAAGAGACGGCGGGGCUUAUUGGAAAAUUGAUCGAAUCUCAAUUUCCAUGGCUCAAUUCGAAAAAUGGUAUUUCGCCGCCUCUGGCCAAUAUCUACGACCGACUCGGUAUCUCAUACAAUACCGCAAGCGCAAAACCAUAUGCAGCAGCAGCUGGAAUUGUCAUUCCUACUGGCGAAAAGACCCUCCGAUUCGCAUGCCAUCUCAUCGCCUCUCUAACACAAGUCCACAAGACCUCCCUUCCAAUCCAGGUCGUAUACGCUGGAGACAAUGACUUGUCCGCUCAAGGGAGAAGAAAAAUCCAACAAGCCGCCAAUGGUGUAAACAUCGAGAUGCUAGACGUCCUUACCGUCUUCAGCGACAAAUCACUAAAGCUUGCAGAGGGAGGUUGGGCGAUAAAGCCUUUUGCUGCGUUGGCAAGUCACUACGAAAAAGUCAUUCUUCUAGACGCAGACGCAGUAUUCUUCCAAGAUCCGGAACGACUUCUCCAACAAGACCGAUUCAACGAAACUGGAGCGCUGCUCUUCCACGAUCGACUCCUCUGGAAGAAUGGGUUUCCUGAUCGACAAGAUUGGUGGCAUGAUCAGAUCAAGCAUCCUAGCCCCGAAACUGACAAAUCCCUCGUGUGGACAGAACGGUAUUCUGAAGAGGGAGAUUCGGGUCUUGUGGUAGUUGACAAGUCUAGACUUGAUGUCCUACUUGGUUUGAUACAUAUCGGAUGGCAAAACUCAGACAGAGUGAGGAAUGAAGUUACGUACAAGAUUACGUAUGGCGAUAAAGAGAGUUGGUGGAUUGGAUUCGAGGCGACCGGAUCGAAAUACUCAUUUUCGCCGCACUACGGUGGUAUCGUGGGCUGGAUGAAAGAUAAACCAAACGACAAGAAGAAAGACGUUCGUGUGUGUAGCUUUGUAAUAGCGCACGUGGACCAAGAUGAGAAAUUGCUCUGGUAUAAUGGCGGUUUACUAAAAAACAAGGCCGUCAAUCAGACAGAGUUUGAAGUCCCGACGCAUUGGAUGAUUGACCAGACUUGGCACAAGGGCGGAAGCAAGAAGGAUAUGAGUUGCAUGGCUGGAAAGAUAGUCAACGAGUUGUCCAGCGUAGAGAAGGGUAUUUUGAAGAGGGCGAUUGAUGCUGCUAAAGAUGUUGAUGAGAAGUUGGAUCUGAUACCUACAUAG